CGUAAGGGGAAUCAUCGCGAUGCGUCACCCGGCGACCACACGACUGCUACUCCGGCGUCCAGCCCGGCGACAGGGGAAUUCGAAAUUGAACUCAGAGCACGAGACGUCGGGUUCGGCUCCUUUGCUGCUGCAGGAGGACCACCAGCCUGUGCUGCUACUACAACUGGUUCUUUGAAUCAGCAAGAAAAUGCAGUAGAAAUGAAGCAACGAGCAGAUGACUCUUCAAUCAAACAUCCGGAAGCUGCAAUCAUGCCAGAUUGUAGUUCGACCAUUUCUCUUGGCAUGGCGCCCCCGCUCCUCCGAGAACAAAACGAGGAAAGCGAAAAACCUACUGCGCCCGGCGAUGCUCCUGUUGCCUCUUUGACGAGGACCGCAGGUCCGUCGCAGAUUUCUUCGUUUUGCGUCCUUCGGAAAAGACUUGACUCAGUGAUGAAAAGCCUGCCCAACCAUCAUUCCGACAACGAGGCGACGAAAUUGAUGGUGCGUAGGCUCCGGGCGGUUUUGCUGAAGGAGGAGAAAAAGUUGGAAACGCUGGAACACGCGGUCAGUGUGAAUCUGGAGCUGGCCGUCCAGGCCUGUGCAACCGACCAGCACGCUGUCGUGCGGGCACCAUCGGCGAAUACGACCACGCUGCACGAUUGCCAGGCGGAAUUGCUCGAAAAGAUUCAAAAUGUAGAGAACGCUCUGGCAUUGAAAAAGUCCGCAAAACAGACGCCGAAGGGGGGAGACAGAACGACUCGAUAUGAUCCUCGCGGAUGCGAUGAUCCGGCUCGGCGUCGGCCGGAGCAAGAUGCGGUCGCUGCGGAUGCCGAAGCUGUUCUUCGGCAGUUGACGUCUGUGGACUUGCUGGCUCUUGCGGCAAAUUUUUCGAGCAGAGAGGACGACCGUGCUGUGCCGCUCGAACAACGGUUGGACCGACUGACUGACGGGCUUCAAGAAGUCGGUUGCUGCGAAAGCAAUCAGAACGAGCUGCACCUUCUUGUGACCUCAACCCUGCCGACGGAAGCAGCAGGAGGUCAUGCUUUUGAUUCAAACCAAAGUUGUGACAAGUUGGGCAGCAUCCGUAGUGCUUCAAGCUGUGCCUGCACUGAUUUAC